GAAACGUAGACAAAAUAUUUUCUACGGCACAUGAGCGUUGAAUUCUCGUUUCCUUCGACCGAAAAUAGAACGGACGCUCCCUAUUUUCGUCGUAAAAUAAAAUCCUUCGAAAAAUCAAAAAGGCAUUUUACAGAAAAUGUGGUUUCAAAGCAUGAGUUAAAACAGCUGAUUCUCGUUUGCGGCGGUCCGACGGGGCGGAGCCAAUUGUUGUGGUGGGGGAUUAUGUCAAACGGGAACGUCACGUCAGCUGUUUUCUAACACUGGGUGCUCCUGCAUUGAGGUUUCUCAGCUGUUCUGUGUUUGGUGAAGUAAAGGUUUUCGCUUAAAAUGUCCGAUACGGAAGCAGCUACGUCGAGCAAUGAAUCGGUCACGGAACCGCUAGAGAGCAUCGAAAAACCUGACGAGUUCGCCGAGCCAGACGUGAAGCGUCGCAAAUGCAGUAAAAACCUCGACGAAAAAAAAAACAAGUUGGAAGACAGAUUAGGUGGAAUAUUGUGUUGCGCAGUAUGUUUGGAUCUACCCAGAGCCGCUGUUUACCAGUGCACGAACGGGCACCUCAUGUGUGCGGGAUGCUUCAUUCACGUCCUGGCCGACGCUCGUCUUCGCGACGAAUUGGCCACGUGUCCCAGCUGCCGCGUUGAGAUCAGCAAAACAUCGGCGACCAGAAAUUUGGCGGUGGAGAAUGCCGUCUCCGAGCUGCCCUCGGAAUGCCAGUACUGCAACAAACAGUUCCCCAGGAACACUCUCGAACGUCACGAGGAACAGGAGUGCGAGGAGAGGAUUUCAGGAUGUAAGUACAGCAGAAUCGGUUGCCCUUGGAGGGGACCAAUUCACGAACGUGUCGAGCACGAGAGAGAAUGCGCCCAUCCCAACCGCAAGGGUUCCGAGGUGAUUGAAGCCUUGGAGGUCAUCGAUAUGCAAAUGGCCGAAGAAAGGAAGCUAUACGACAGCAUCUUCGAUCUCUUAGGCUAUGAAAAAAUCAUUUUCAAUGAUUUGCAGCUGAAGCCGUACCGUACCGAUGAAUUUGUUCACAGACUGUUUUAUGAAUCGUCACGUUUUUCUGCCUUCAACAACCAAUGGGUUGUCAAAGCUCGAAUCAACAACAGCCAGAAGGACCCAACACAAAGCUCAGAUCGCGAAAUGACGUAUCAGCUUAUUUUAAAAUCAAAAUCUACAACUCCGAUGAACUUGAGUUACAUCGUACUACGUGGACCUGUUGGUGAUAUUAAUGUUAAACCCCGUAUAUUCGAAUACGAGUUUACAGAACAAAACAACGAAAGUCCGUACGUGCAUCUUCCUCUUCCUGAUACGGCUGAAUGCAAUCGUUUGCUGGCAGCAAAAACUAUUAAUUUCAGAUUAAUCAUGUUUUUAGCACCCAAAUAAAAAUUGCACAAGUCAGAAUUAAAUAUUGAUUAUUUAAUUAACUAUAUGUGCUAUAUAAAUCCUAGGGAUUUUAAUUUUUUAAUAUAAUUUUAAAAGAUCUCUUUAGUUUUAGGGUAACUUAUGAUAUGUGCAAAUCAAAUUAUUAUUUUUUUUUUUAGUAUAUAUUACUUAUAAUCAUUAUCAUUCUAGGUUAUGUAAAAUUAUUUAUUACUUAUCACAAUUUUGACUAUGUUACCUUAGAUUAUAUGAUUGCCAUUAUUAUAUAUUGACUAAAUUUUAGUUGUAGAAAAACAAAGUUUAAUUUAUACUAUAAGAUUUUUCUAUAUACAUACAUACUUAUAUACACACAAAAUAUUAUAAAUAUUUUAACUUAGAUUAAGGGAUGGGACUUAGAAAUAAAUAUAUGUUCAAAUGA